AUGUCUUACAAGAUGUUACCACAGUACUUGCACGUACUGAAAUUAGCAAAUCCUGGAACAAUCACGGAUAUUAAAACCGAACUUGAUAAAGAAGGAAAAUCGAGGUUCCUGUAUGCAUUCAUGUCACUGAAGGCUUGUAUCGAUGGGUGGCAACAUUUGCGUAAGGUCCUUGUGGUGGACGGAACCCACAUGUUUGCGAAAUACAAACGGGUAUUGCUUAGUGGUAGCGGGCAAGACGCAGACCGCCGCAUAUUCCUUAUUGCUUUCGCAGUAGUGGAUAGCAAGAACUCAGAUUCUUGGAAGUGGUUCUUCGAAAGAUGCGCUGCUAUAUUUGCAGCUAAAGAUAAAUGGUAUCAAUUUGCACACCAUGGUAUUUGUCUUGUACACCUUAAGCGUAACGUGGGCGAUAAGUACAAAGGACUGCAGCAGAAGCAGAUGCUUACGGAUUGGAGAUGUUGGGAUUACUUGGAGAAAAUCGAUAAAAAGUUAUGGACACGUUCACAUUUCGAAGAAAAUAGGUAUAACUUGAUGAGUUCAAAUAUAGCUGAAUCGUUGAAUAAAGCACUACUGCCAGCGCGUGAUAGCCGUAUCAUGGCACUGCUGGAGUUUAUAACGCGGAUGUUGAGCAGAUGA